AUGAACUCGGGGAGUCCUCGUCCCAAGGGUCCUCGGAACGUCACAUUCAGCGCCAAUCCCGUCACCCGAACCAUCGAACCCGAGUCGAGUCGAGCGCAACCCAAAUCAGGGCAACAAGUACCUGGAACAACCAACGUGGCUGUUGGCUCCGGAGCGACUCUACACAUUGGGCCGAAGCAGGGCGCACAGCGAAGUACAAAGAAGACUGAGAAACUUAAACUCCUCCCCAAUCCCGAGCUCGACGAGGAUAACACCGACGAGGAGAGCGGUCGCGAUGUCUACUCUCAAUACACGCGCAUCAAAGAUCCCACUGCCAGGAGGGACGCUGCCAGGCUGGGUAAAGCAGACCGUGACAGACUACCGCGUGUCACCGCAUACUGUACCGCCAACCGGUAUGAGAUGGAAGGGCUGCAGCGGUUUCUAAAGGGGCGCGGCAAGAACAGGGGCGCGAACCCCAAGCUCAUCGACGAGUGCAUCUACACGCCUUAUAGUUACGGCAAGACACCCCAGACCCGUCCGCUGCCCCCGCCGCCGCCUGUACCACUGUCGGCAGAACCUCGCCCGGACCCAGUGCAAGUAUACGAGAGGAGGCAUUCAACGGGCGGCGACUCAAUAGAGGACGAGCAACAGCGUCGCGAAACCUUCAUGGACGGCCACCCGGAUGCGCCAGAUGAGAGUGAUUAUGCGGAUCAAAGCGCUAUCGAUGUCGACGUUGGGCCACUCCAUGGCGAUACGCUUCUGGGACCCAGCAUAGUCGAUGAUGAGCGCCCCGUCACAGAAACCAUACCAGACCUGGACAUCACGGUCCACACUCCCGAGGUCUUUCUCUUCGACUACGGCGUGGUAGUUAUAUGGGGCAUGACAGAGAUCCAGGAAAAGAGGUUCCUCAAAGACAUUGCCAAGUUUGAGCUUGAGAAACUCGCGCCCGACGACGUGGAGACGGAGCACUUCAACUUCUACUACACGCAUGAGUACCAGGCGCGUAUCUACAAUGACUUUAUCACUCUUCGAGACAAGAACAACUAUAUGACGAAGCUGGCGAUAUCGCACGCCUUAGCUCAGAGCGUCAAGACCUCCCUUUUUGAAGAGUUGAUCGCAUCAACGGUUGAUACCUGCAAGGACAUCCCAACACAGAUUGCCUUGACCGGUAAAAUCGCUCUGACUCGCUCCCAAAUCAACAUGCAGAUUGGCGAGCUGUUCAUCCUACGUAUCAACAUCCAUCUUAACGGUUCUGUGCUCGACACGCCCGAGCUUUUCUGGGUGGAGCCCCAACUCGAGCCCGUCUACCAAGCCGUGAGGAGUUACUUGGAGAUGGAUCAGCGUGUCGGCCUUCUCACUGAGCGCUUAGACGUGAUUGCCGAUCUGUUGGCUGUCUUGAAGGACCAGCUGAGCCAUGGUCAUGGCGAGAAGCUAGAGUGGAUUGUGAUUGUGUUGAUUGCUGCCGAGAUUGUUGUCGCAGCCGUCAACAUCGUGGUAGAUCUAUACGCUGGGGAGUAA